AUGCCGCUCCAUUUACUGUCCAAGAAGUCUUGGAACGUCUACGCUCCGGCAAAAAUCGAGCGGGUGAAGCGCGAUGAAGCUGAAGCACGCCGCCAGGCAAUUGAACAAGAAAAGCGCAGCCUACAGAACGAGGCGGAUGAUCGAUUACAGCAUCUGAAGCAGCAUAGCACAAGAGAUCGCAAGAGCUUGAAGCGAAAGCUAGCAGGCGAAGACGACACCGAUCGCGAUAUCAGACUUGCUGCGGAGGGCACAAAUCCUGCUUCGACUAGCGGCAAGCAAGAUCACGGCUUAGCUUUAGACGCGAAGGGCCAUAUCUCUUUGAUAUCAACACCGCCUCAGAAGAAGUCUCGCGCACAAGAACAAGACAAAGAUCCAUACACGGUCUACCUCACAGACGCCACUGGUCGCGACCAAAAUUCUAAACCCACAUGGUACACUUCUCUCGAAGCUGAGCGAGAGAAAUGGGGCGACGACAAUCCGCGCAGGCAGCAACGAGAACUCGCACGCCUCAAUGCGGACGAUCCGCUUGCUGCUAUGAAGAAGGGUGUCAAGGUUUUGCGUGAGAACGAGAAGGCAAGAAAGGAUUGGAUGGCGCAGCGUGAGCGGGACCUGGAAGAGGUGGAGCGACUGGCGAGGCAAGACAGGCACGACAAGAAGCACAAAAAGAGAAGAGGUCAGGAGGAAGAUGACCUGGCCAGCCUCGAGGACUUCGACUUAGAGGAUGGGUACACCAAAACGAUAGCUUCGAGGGACAACCGCGACUCAGAGCACGAAGAAACCAACAGCCGGCAAUCCCGUUACCACGGUCGAAGCCACCGCCAUCGCCACGAGUCCCACUCUACACACAGAGCCCGGGAUCAUCACAACCGGCACCGACGAUACGAAGAAGUUCAAGGCAAACGGCUCAGCCAAGGGCAAGGUGGCUGA